AGUGAUUGUUAUCUGCAGCCUCACUGGAACUGUGAUCAAAGUACAUUCACACAGGGCACUGGUGCUCUCAGGAAAGUUGCACUUGUUCGCGCAGUCACGUUGUGAACAACUUUGGGAAAAGGACAGAAAAGGUUGAAGGGAUGAAGCAAGAAAAGACUCAGAUGAAGGAUUUCCUGGAGAAUAUCAGUGUUCUGCAAGCGGUGCUGACACUCCCCCUCUUAGGUCCGGCGUGUAUUGGGUUGAUGGUGUACCUUAUGUUUACGUCUCUGUGGCUGCUGCCUACUCUCUACUUCAUAUGGCAGUUAAAGGACCGGCACACACCUGAAAGAGGGGGUAGGAGAACUGCAUUUGUGAGAAACUGGAAAGUGUGGAAGCUGGUAAGGGACUACUUCCCAAUGAAGUUGGUGAAGACAGCGGAGUUGAACCCAAACAAGAACUACAUCUUAGGGUGUCAUCCACAUGGGGUCUUGAGUCUCGGAGCUUUUACUACUUUCACCACGGAGGCCUGUGGCUUUAUGGACCUCUUCCCUGGGGUGCGCUCCUGUCUCUGCAUCCUGAGUGGCCUCUUCAAGAUCCCCCUCUACAGGGAAUAUGUCAUGGCCACAGGUUGUUGUCCAGUCAGCAAGCCCAGUCUCAAGCACCUUUUGUCUAAAAGUGGGAAAGGCAACGCGCUGGUGAUUAUUAUAGGGGGCGCUGCUGAGUCUCUGCUGAGUGUGCCUGGGGUCAACGCUGUGGUUAUGAAGCAGAGGAAAGGCUUUGUCAAGGUGGCCCUGGAGUUUGGGGCUGACCUGGUGCCCGUCUACUCGUAUGGGGAAAACGAUAUGUUCCGCCAGGUGAUCUUCUCAGAAGGCAGUGUGGGCUGGAGGUUACAGCAGCUCUGUAAGAAGAUCAUGGGCUUUGCCCCUUGUCUGUUCAUGGGUGAACGCUGGUUCUGGAUGCCUUACCACUGCCCUGUCACCAUUGUCGUGGGUAGUCCUAUCCCAGUGCCAAAGAGGCCUUCUCCCACUCAGGAGGAGGUGGACCACUAUCAUGGCCUAUACAUGGAGUCCCUGGCCAAGCUCUUCAAUGAGCACAAAGUCAGCUGUGGACUCUCAGACAGCCACGAGCUGCUGAUCACAUAAGCCAAUCAUUUUGACAACGUGAAUGAGGUGAUUUGUCAUGGUGUCCUUCUCUGUACUGUAGCCCACCGAUCUCCACAGUGAGUAUGUUUACACGCACAGUAAUAAUUCUAUAUUAACUGAUCAUAUCGAUGAUAUACUGAUUAUGACAGUACUGCGAGUUUGGCAGUAGUCAUGAUUAUCUUAAUCGGCGUAAAGCGAAGCAUAAACGGACUAAAAUACCUAUAUUUUUUUGCAAUCUUUUAAAUUAUUUGGAUACCUUAUUCAGAGAUCCUGCGGUGUAGUUGAUCUGCACAUGUGCUAUCAUAAGCGCGAGCCUCCCUCUUUGGCGCAUGUGAAUUGAAUUCAUAUAAUCUGAAAGUAUGCAUCUAAGAAAUAGGUUUCACAGACAAACUCUAUAUUUCCGAAGUCAAAGUCUUCCCAAAAAAUGAUAUGAUUGCUGUGAUAGGACCUUAAUUUGUAUUGGUCAUUUUCUACAUUUCUUUAAGUCCCAUCACCCUUAUUAUCAGCUGACCAUGUAAACAGGAUGUUUAGGGAAUUAUUUCUUCUUGCAAAUCAUAACAAUGUUUUAAUCAAAUUAUUAUAUGAAUCAGAGUAUUCACAACGAUCCUAUUACUGAAUGCAUGUUAACAUACUCAGUGAGACUACUCGAAUGAAAGCAUUCCAACUCAGUAUCUGAUCCAGCGAUGUCCCAAUCAUUGAUCCCUGGAUCCACCAAGCUGCCUGUCUAAUUGACGCAUCGCUUUGACUGCAUUUACUGUAAGAAUGAAUUCAAGGGGAAAUUGUAUGUGGUUUAUAUGUAGCAAUAAUUUAACCAUGAAUCUGAAUACCUUUAAGAUCCACUCAAUUUCAUAACAAACAGUAAUUGAUUGUGUGACUUAGGAUUUAUGAAGAAAUACUGUGCUUACAUGUUGAGUAUAAUCAAUCAGACCUUGUGGCCACCAGCAGCACCUGAGCAAUGUUAAUCAGGGAUCAUAACAUUCUUUCAUGUUUAACAGUUGACUUUGAAUAACUUGUGCAGUAGAGCUGCCGAAUACUGACUAUUUGCAAUACAGUAAUAUAUAGAAACUAUGUAUUUCUGCUGAUAUGUAUUUUAAUAAAUUUGGCUUGUGGUGAAGGUUCACUUUGACCACAGGAUUUUGCCACAAUGUUUUAAUUUAUUUAAUCCUUCCUGUGAACUGCGAAGUGGAUGCAGAUAGCGGCGGUGAGAGGUUUUGGACAUAAACAGAGUGGGAGUGUCUUUCAGUGCUAUGAUUCACAAGCUGUAGAGAUCUAUCAUAACAUUUCAAUAUUUCUCUCUCAUCACAUACACAUAUUACGGAAUACUCUUCUCUACAGGACAAAGUAGUUGUUACCCAACUAUCCCAAUCAUCUUUGACAUGGAAAAUGAAUGUAGAUUUAAAAUACACCACCGUUCAAAAGUUUGGGGUCACUUCGAAAUGUCCUUGUUUUUGAAAGAAAAGCACAUUUUGUGUCCAUUAAAAUAACAUCAAAUUGAUUAUAAAUAC